AUGAUAUAUUUGGGUAUUGCAGCUGCUAAUGGUGUUGUUAUUGUGACCGAGAAGGAACUUCCUUCUAUCUUGGUUAAUGAAGAAUUUGUUCAAAAGAUACAGUCUCUCACAUCAAAUAUUGGAAUUGUUUACAGUGGUAUGGGUUCAGAUUUUUGAGUUUUGGUUUGAAGUAGGAAGCAGGCAGAACAAUAUCAUAUAGUUUAUAAGGAAUCUGAACCAAUUCCUGUUACGCAACUUGUAACGGAAACUGCAACUAUUAUGAAGGAGUUCACUCAGUCUGGUGGUGUAAGGCCCUUUGGAGUACCACUGCUGGUUGCUGGGUUUGAUGACUAUGGAUCACAAUUAUACCAGAUGGAUCCGUCAGGUUUGUAUUUCUCAUGGAAGGCCUCAGCAGUGGGGAAGAAUGUUUUAAACGCAAAAACAUUCCUAGAGAAGAGGCAUUUGAAUUAGAAUUUUGCUGACACUUGCAUUUCAAAC